GGGAGGGCGGACGGGGCGCGGGGACCGGCCAGGCCGCGGCGGGCGCUGUUUCUCUUUCACUUUCCUUCCCUCUGAGGCCGGCGCGCUGGCGGGCGAGGAGCGGCGGCGGCGGCGGCGGCCGCGGGAGAUGGGAAAGCAGAACCACCAAAAGGAGUGAUGACCAGCGAUCUCAUGAUAAAUCUGGAUGUUAGUUCUCAUGCCUCAGGACAUCCAGUUGGGAACUCCACGCCGGCUCCUGGGAUCAGACUUCAUCCGCUUACUACCCCUCUUUGCCUGAACUACUAAAGCCAGUCCUAGCUAACCACGAAUGGCUACCCAAAGGAAACACUUGGUGAAAGAUUUCAAUCCUUAUAUCACCUGCUACAUCUGUAAAGGGUACCUGAUCAAGCCAACCACAGUGACAGAAUGCCUCCAUACCUUCUGUAAGACUUGUAUUGUCCAGCACUUUGAAGACAGCAAUGAUUGUCCAAGGUGUGGCAACCAAGUGCAUGAGACAAAUCCAUUAGAAAUGUUGAGGUUGGAUAAUACAUUAGAGGAAAUUAUAUUUAAGCUGGUCCCUGGACUGCGAGAACAAGAACUUGAGCGUGAAUCUGAAUUUUGGAAGAAAAAUAAGCCUCAAGAAAAUGGACAAGAUGAUACUUCAAAAGUUGACAAACCUAAAGUAGAUGAAGAAGGUGAUGAAAAUCAAGAUGAUAAAGACUAUCACAGAAGUGACCCACAAAUUGCUAUAUGUCUAGAUUGUUUACGAAAUAAUGGACAGUCAGGAGACAAUGUAGUAAAGGGUUUAAUGAAGAAAUUCAUUCGAUGUUCUACCCGUGUAACUGUGGGAACUAUUAAAAAAUUUUUAAGUUUAAAACUAAAACUUCCAAGUUCUUAUGAGUUGGAUGUGCUGUGCAAUGGUGAAAUUAUGGGGAAGGAUCACACUAUGGAAUUCAUCUACAUGACAAGAUGGCGACUAAGAGGCGAAAACUUUCGGUGUCUGAACUGCUCAGCUUCGCAAGUCUGCUCUCAGGAUGGCCCUUUGUAUCAGGUAAGAGGCACUCACGACUGUACAUAUGACCCUGACGAUGCCCGCCAAGAUGGUGAUCGCUCUCAUCCCAAACUCAAGUUUCUAAGACAUGUCACUUUGCCAAACUAAUAUUUAUUUGAGCUACAAAACGUCAUUUUUCAAUUUACGUCCCCAAAUUUCCCAUUAUUUUAGUUAUCUUGCAUUAUCUAUUUAAUUUCACAGAACUAAAAAAUGAAAUCAUAAAUAUUAAGGCCAUUAUUUAGGAGUCAGAAAUUUUCAAUAAUUACUAGUUUCAGCCCUUGAGAAAUCUCUGCUCCAUAUUGGAUCUCUGCUCCAUACUUAACACUUCUUUGUGGAAGUUUUUGUUUGUUUGUUUUUUGUGUUUUAAUCAGUCCCCUACAAGCGAAAGAUGCAACGCCGGGUUAGGUGAGGCUCAGCAGCGGCAACAGCCACAUGUAACUGUGAGCUUGCUCGGGUCACUUAAUACAGAUGAUAGUGGACAAGUUUUAAAACGCACUGACAAAGACUCUCCUCAGAUGCACAUUCCAGUUAUCUAAUAAAAGUACAUCUUCUAUUGGGAUGAUGAGUUGUACUGAUGCUUCUGCCUUUAACCGUAACUCCCACAUGUGUGGUUUUAUGCUUUCACUCUUGGCACUGAUGUCUGUUCCUUAGAAAUAAAGAUGUUCUUAAACUCCCAUCUAAAGUAUCAGAGAAGAACCGGAAUAAGAUCGGAUUUUUAAAAAUCCUCACAAAUUCCCUUUUCUUCCUUCAACACUUCAUUAUGGAUUAUAUGGUCCUGUCGCAGAGUUGAACUUGUGAUUAACAGGAUGCACCUUUAGCCAAAAUUCAGCUACAAGUUUUCAAGGGAAAAGUUAUCACUUUUUUUAUUUCAAGAAAAUAUUAUGUGUAUACUCUUUACACUAUUUCAUUUUUAAAUUAAAAAAAAAUUUUAAAUUCCACCAAAUGGACAGUUUUCUAGGAAAAUACCAGUGGACCAAAAUUCAGCCACGAAGAAAGAAAAUUUAAAUCUGUAAGCCAUGAAAGAAAAUAAUUAUUCAAAAAUUACUUCCUCAAAGGAUGCCUAAAUAGCUUGAUGGUCAUGCUCUCUCCAGUUUUCAAGCAAUAGAUCAUUCCCAUUGUAAACUGUUUUAAAUUAUUGAAAAAGAUGGAAUUCUUUUCAAAUUUAUUUUACAAAAGUAACAUAAUUAUGAUACCAAAAACUGACAGAAAACCCCCAACUAGAAAACCAGUAUCAAUCUCAUUUUGAAUACAAAGACGAUAAGUAAUAUACUAAAAGAAUAAUAAACCAAGACUAAAUAGUAUUUUUAUCAGAAAUGGAAGAAUGGCUUAAUAUUGGGGGGAAGGAAGUAAUAUAUAUUAUGUAAUAUAAACAUAUUUUAUAUAUAUACACACACACAGAGUCCAAUAAAAACCAUCAGUAGAUACUGAAAAGGCAUUUGAUAAAAUUCACUAAGUCCCAGUUUUUCCUACCAGCUUAUUUUAAAAGUUUUCCAAAAAACAAAACAAUUGAAAUAAUACAAACGAAUAUCCUUUACUUGUGCUUAGAUUUUACCAGUUAACAUUUUGCUACAUUUUAUGCUCCCUCUUUCCUUCUCUUCCCUUCUCCUUAUCUUAUUAAUCUCUUUAUCAUUCUGUCUAUUGUUUCUUUGUGCAACUAUUUGAAAGUAAAUUGCCAGUAUCAUGACAGUUGGCUACCAAAUAUUUCAGCAUAUACUUCCUAAGAUCAAACACUUCCUCAUAAAUAACCAAAAUGCCACUUCACACACAAGAAAUUUAAAUAGUAAAUUAAAUAUUACAGAGAUGUCAUUUCUCCCCAUAAUUAAAUUAUCAAGUUUGAUAUAGUUCCAAACACACUUUUUACCAGAUUCUUGUUUAACUUAACAGAAUCAGUCAUUCUAAAGUUCACCAGGAAGUACGAGCCAGUGCUUCUGGUCCGUCACAGUUUUCGGUGGGUAAUCGGGGCAUGUGCAUCGCCACAUCCUAAAAUGCAUUUGUAAGCUGAAGUAAUUAAAAUAGGGCACUGACUUAAACACAGACAUAUGAGUCAAAAGAAUAGCUCAGGGACAGACUCUAGUAUUAUAUGAAUCUGUAAAGAGAGUAUUUCACAUUAGUGGAAGAAAACAGGUUUAUUUAGCAAAUACCUACUGAACACUUAACUAUGCACUGGGUACUCUUUUAGGCCCAAGUACUCUUUUAGGACACAAGUGAAAAUGAACAACUUCCUCACAGAGCUUACACUCUAAUGACGGUAACAGAUGAAGAAUAAAUGAGUCAGAUUUGUAGUGUUAGAAGAAAAAUUAAGGUAGGGAAGUAGAAUAUUUUUAGAUAAGAUAGCCAAAGGAAGACUUCUUUGAGGUGGAGGUUCUUGAUCAAAAGCAAGUGAGAGAAAUAGGUAUGUGUGUAUCUGGGAUCGGAUGCUUCAGGCCAAGGCAACACAGUGGAAAGAUCUGGAGGAGUGGUCAUACCUGGUUGUUUGAGGGUUGCAAGGAGGCCAGCAGGGCUGGACCGGAGACAGUAUUUGGCAGUCGGCAGGGCUAAUCGGUGAACUCGGAAUAUAGAUUUUGGGGGGAGGGUGUGAUCUAGUAGGGUUAGUUUUCAAUAAAUUUUACUGAGACUUGGUGGUGGUGAUGGAGAUUCAGUUCAUACCUCACAUUAUAGGAGAUUUUCAUGGCUUAAAGUGGUAAAUAUUAAAAUAGACACCAUCAAAGAUCAAGAAGAAAUAUAGUUGAAUAAUUUCAGAGUGGGGAUGGCCUUUUUCACUGUACAUACAAAAGGAAAAAAAGACAAAGCAAGCUGACUGUUAAUAUUGAAAAGUACAUGGCAAAAAUAUCAUAACUAAGGAAAUAUUUGCAGUAUACACAGAGAGGUUUAAUGGCCUUAAUACAUGAAAGAAUUCAUGCAAAUCUGUAAGACAGAGUUCAACUUAUCAUAGAAAAAUGAACAAAAGACCUUAGGAAAGUCACAAAAGAAGGAAACAAAACUGGCUAAUCAGCAUUCAAAAAUGGUUAAUUUCUUUAGAAGAAAUAAAAUACUAUUUUAUGCUUAUUAAAUUGCCAUAUUAAGAGGGAAGAAAAGAUAGUACUCAUUAUUGAUGAGACCAGUGAAGAAUGAGCAUUUAUAUUUCUUUUGGAAACGUAAAGAUAGAAUAACUUCCAGUAUUUAUGCUGUUUGAACCAGCAGUUCCACUCUAGGAACCAGCCCUGAUCCUUGGGGCAGGAUUAAUCUAUAAUUGCCAAAAAAAAAAAAAAGGGGGGGGGCACCUGGGUGGCUCAGUCAGUUGGGCAUCUGACUUUGGCUCAGGUCAUGAUCUCACAGCUUGUGAGUUCGAGCCCCACUUCAGGCUCUGUGCUGACAGCUCAGGGCCUGGAGCCUGCUUCAGAUUCUGUGUCUCCCUGUCUCUCUGCCCCUCCCCUAUUUGCACUCUGUCUCUCUCUCUAAAAUAAAUAAACAUUAAAAAAUUUAAAAAAAAAGGAAUUAACUAAAAUAUACAGCAAAAGGAAAUUUUUUGGUAACUUAUGAUUCUUUUCUACAAAGCUAUUAUGUUCUUCCUUUAAAAAUGAUCAAGGAUAUUAAAUGGUGUCAAAAUAAGUUACGGAAUUUUUAAAUGGAAAUUAAAAUUUUACAUGGACAAAAUGAUUUACCAAACAAUAUGUGUAGCUUGAUUACAGUCUUGAAAAAAAAAUAUGUAUACAGACAGAAAGACCAGAAGGAUAGACGCUAAAAUAAUUAUGGUAGUUAUCUUUGGAUGGUGGUAUUUAAGUGAGUUUCCUUUUUUCUUGGUGCUUUUCUGUAUUUUCCAAAUCUAUCAUGAAACCACAUUCACUUUUAUGAUAAAGAUUUUUUACGAAAAGCAGUACAUCAGUCAAGGUCGAUGUGAUUUAUCACUUUCCAAAGUUAUCACAUUUGAAAUGGAUACUGUGGGAGUAGCUUUUAUUUUAGCACAUGAUGAGACUGACGACUAGCAACUCUCCAAGUAGGCCCAUUUGGGGCAGUCACUCAACACUGUGGGGUGGUGCGCCACAUUCCCUGGUACUAAGCACAGCGCUGUUUUACUUCAGAAAGCAAACUGAAAUACAAAUAGAAGUUAAAGUAGAUCUUAGUGGUUCCCAGCAUUGUAAAACACUUCAGUAAGAUGAAACUUCAGCUGUCAUCAUAGAACAAACACAAAUGGUUACUUGGAGAAAGCAAACCAUUUUCAACCAAAACCAGAAAAUCCUGACCACUGACAAGCCAUUUUACUUCCCUCUCUGCCUUCGUCCCAGUAGAACUGCUGAUGGAUUCUUCUAUAGAUUAUGAAGGAAUUCUAGAAUGAGUGCCUUAAUCAUUUGCAGAAAGCGUGCAGACUCCACAGAGUCCGGGAUGGAGAACAAAGCUAGGAAGGUUGUUGUGGCGGAGGGAGGGCAAGCCGUGGGCUGGGCCAGAACGGGAAGUAGAUCCUACCCUACUGCAGAGGGUAGGGAGUCUGGGUAGCAGUCUCCACAGCUGGCUCAGUUUCACAAGACCCAGGGAGUUUUUUAAAAUGCACAUUCCUGUUUCUCCCAGAUAUUGUCAUUCAGAGGGAACAAAGUUUAAAUAAAACCAAGUAAACAAAAUAUAAACCAAAAUAGAUUUAAGACCGUGGAAAUCUUGAGACACUGUGACUUUUACUCCAGCCCUCAGAACUGGUGGUGGCAUCCCCCUACGUCCUCAGCUGGGAAGAGCAAGACCUAGAAAUUUCCAUUCCCACCUCCAGUCCCAUCCUGAGCUGAAUGGCUGAAGACCAAUGAGGAGUUUUCUCAGGAUAUAACCUAGCUAUACGGGCAGAAAUAGUCCUUUUUAGGAUUAUAGAGCCUCAGCCCACCCCUUUCACCUGGAUGAAAGAGUACACAAUUUCGUGGCCUGGAUUUUUGUGUCCACUUACACUGAGAUGAAGGGGAACCAUCAAUGACAGUCUCAGCACUUUCUUGGUUUCAUAAAAGGAGCUUCUCGAUGAAAUUUCACUUAAAAGGGGGAAUCUGAAGCUUUCGGGAAGGGAAAACCAUUGGUUCUCCAGACCAGACUUUGUGAUGUUAGGUUCUGUAUGAAAAGGUAAAAUAGCAGGUGAAAACAGAUACUGAAGUGGCAAUGUGGCCUAUGCCUUCUAUGCCCAGGAAGUAGUUUCCUCUCUAGUCUGUUGAUGUAGGGAUACCUUGUCUGUAGUCACAGCAAUGAAGAACAGUCCAUACCUUUCAGUUGGGUGUCCACCCAGAACAUAUAAUAGUAUCAACUGACUAUUGAAAGGAGGUAGCAACCUGAAUGUUCCAUGUAACAAUUCGCUACUUGUUUUUCCAGUUUUUAAAGGACCAUUAAAGUUUCAAUGCUAAAAAAAAAGUGUCAAACUUACCAAAAACAAAUGUGAUUUGUGAAAACUACCCCAGUUUCAUAGAUUCAUAGCAAGAGGUCUCUGAUAAUUUGUGACUCAGUGGGCCCUCACAAACAGCAGCUUGGGUGGAAUGCAGCCCCACGAGGUACCUGAUUGAACGAACACCUUCAAGCAGGGCACAGAGCCUUCAGUCCUCCCUAUUACUUUCGUACGACUCAUACCCAGCUAGCGUGACCUCGUGAGCCUUUGAACUUGACCUUUGUUACAUAUCAGAGAAAACUUGCCUGAUUCUAGAAAAAUAAUGGUAAUUUAAAAAUAAAGC